AUUUGUAAGCUUGAAAACACUGGAUGUUAUAAAGAAAACCUGGAGCAAGUUUCCAGCCAGCCAUGCUUGUGGCAACAAAACAGUUUUUAUUAGCCCAUCCAUGGAGGUUAGCGCAGCCUAACCCAGUGGUUUUUGUGCAUAAACGUAGCCGUAGUACAAGCACAGCAUUAUGACAAGAGAGAAAUAGAAAAUUCUACCUAGAGAAACUAAAGGUCACGACAUUAAGAAAGUAAAGUGUCAGCUUAUUUGUGAUUUUGCAGAAACGUACUUUGCCAUCAUUCAUUCUGGUGAUUGGGUUGCCAGACGUGACCUCUGACCUCGGGGCUAGAUUACUUCAGGUUGACAGUUCGAUACAAAACAGAACAUACAGUUUUACGGCAGGUUUACGUCGAUUUCGUAAAUGAUUGGGGUGCUAAACCGCUCGUAACAGAAGUGAUUCACCCUGUGUGUGAUCCUCAUUUUGGAAGGUGUAUGCGGACAGGAUUUUCAGACUAGUUGUCAUUCACCUUGAAGAAAUUUCUGGGAAUACCGCUGUAACAUUUUUGGUUCUUUCAGUUCCUCCUCCUUCAAGGCUUUGUCUGUGACUGCAGGGUGUACUCGUGUGCCUGUUAAGAUAUUUCUUACCUCUCAGCAGUGACACACAAAUCAUAGGUGUGAUGAUGACAGAUUUUAUUGGUCAACUGUUAUCUUUCUGCGCAUCAGUCACUGUGUUGAAAUCCAGUAUGACCAGUCCUGACGGUUAAGGCGGGUCCAACUGCGUGACGUCACUCACCACAGCAGCGUCAGGGCCCAGAGUCUCAGGAGACGUGAAUGAGGAGAUCACUUGGGAGGGAAGUGUGUCAGAGAAUCAGAGGAGAAGUCAGCGAGAGCGCAGGGAUGCGUUGUUUCAGGCCUCAGAGCAGCAGGGCAGCAGGUGAAGUGUAUAAAGGACAAGCAAGUCAAAGUCAACAGGUCAGCGGAGAUGUCAGGGAUGCUGGGGAGGCCGGAGCUCAGCAGGGCUCUAAACAUCAACUCAGCAGGAUCAUGCGUCCAGACGACGCCAACAUCGUGGGGAACGUCCACGGCGGCAUCAUCCUGAAGAUGAUCGAGGAAGCUGGAUGCAUCAUCGGCACGCGGCACUGCAACACACAGAACGGGGACCGCUGUCUGGCCGCUCUGGUUCGGGUGGAGAAGACAGAGUUCCUGUCCCCCGUGUUCAUUGGCGAGGUCGCCCACGUCACCGCUGAGAUCACUUACACCUCCAAGCACUCACUGGAGGUCCAGGUCAAAGUCAUGGCUGAGAACAUCCUCACAGGUGCCAAAAAGCUGGCCAACAAGGCGGCACUGUGGUACGUCCCCUGCUCUCUGCAGAAUGUCGACAAGAUCAUGGAGGUGCCGCCCAUCAAGUAUGCCAGCGCAGAGCAAGAGGAGGAGGGCAGAAAGCGCUAUGAGACUCAGAAGACGGAGAGACUGGACACCAAAGCGAGGAUUGAAGAGGUGGUGCCACCUCCACCUAACCCAGAUGAUCUACCAAAAGAAAAACACUCAGUCGGCUUCAGCCAGUCCAGUCUGAUCCAUUUGGUGGGCCCCUCUGACUGCACACUACACAACUAUGUUCAUGGAGCGUCCAGCACACUACACCCUAUAUACUAACAGAAGAGGAUGCAAUUCCCCGUCUGAGUAAUCCGACCAGUGCGUCCUUUGUACUGCAGAGACCUCUGUUCAGACUCACCGACCUUUGUACUCUCUGUCAGCAGGGAGAAAACGAUACAGACUCUCAUUGUGAAUUGUACUGUAUAGAUUUGUCAAUGCCAGGAACAUACAGCACAUCUCUCAUAGUGGCUAUAUGUAUGUGUGUGUUCACUACUCACUGUAGAGGCUGAUGUUGCUUUAAUCUCCAGAAAAUGUAAAUAUUUAUGUUACACACUCACAUGUGCAACUCAGAGGGAGAUAUGCCAAAUAACAAAUGUCCAAUACAGCGUCCUUAGUUAGGUGCAGAGUAGUGAGCGUUUAUUCAUUUGGUACUGUUACAGUUUACAGCUUAAUGCAAGUUUGACUGCUUUAUUUAGUUUCAUUCAAAGUUCAAAUAUACAACCACGCUGUGAGCACGCUGACAAGCGUCAGAGCCCAGUGCUUCCAGUCGCCACUAUCUGUUGGAUUUCCAUGUCGCUCUCACACAUGUGAAACAAAUGGAGCUCAUGAGCAGCAUCAGCCUGAUUUGGUAUUCAAGGCAGGGACAGUCGUGACCGUCCACAGCCUGGGCACAGUGUGACAGUCCUGUAGGGGAGGGGAUAAAACAGAGACCCCUGCAGCGGAGAACAUAUAGAAAGGAGUUAAAAGGCACUGAGAGGAGAGGAAGAAGGACUAAUCAAAGCAUGGAAAGAGGUGCGGGGAACAAAGAAACAUCUGUAACCAGUGAUCAAACAUUUCACUCUCGCGUAUACAGAAACAGCACACGUUCACAUGUGUUUACAGUAUCGUCAUUACUCCAUCUACUCCAUCUUCAGCAGUUUGCUUAUAAAUCGCAGACAAGGUUUUUCCCUGUUUUAUAGCCUUUGGCAUCAUCCUCUGGACUGUACUCUGGUACAGCGUGUCCUGUGGCAGCUCCGCCGAGGCGCAGAAGAAGAAAUACUACAGAAUGUAAUCCAAAGUGAAACGUCCUUGAGAGAGAAUUUUAUGACUUUUGGUACUUCUGUUCUCUUAAGUAAAUGGAUGAAGAAUGUAAGAGUAAAAGAAUCUCUGGGAGUGGUUACUUUGGGUUGUAGUGAGUGAUUGUUCUGUGUUGGUAUGUGUGUGUGCGUUGUUGUUGCAGUUGUCUGUUACCCGCAUUGACAGCCCUCUUUCGCUGUUAUGAGCUGUAAUGGUGAAGAACAGAAUGACAGGUAUGAACCAGGAAAUAGAUGUGUAGAACAAUAAGUGGGAAAUGGAAAGUGUUUGCCGCAGGAAAUUUAUGGUGCUGAUGCCGUUUCCUGUUCUGCGCUCCGCUGACAAGCUUAGACGACUCAGAGGCUUCAGUUGUCCCUCUAUGACUCAUCCUGUGAUCUCAUUAAAAUGUGUUACAGAGCCUAUCCAAUCAUCUUUUCUAGAAU